UGCACAACUUUAGUAAAGGGAUAUUUGGAAUCUCAUAGGCCUAGCCAUGCAUUCAAGAUCCUAGACACCAUGAAACAUAAAGGAUGCUACCCUGAUCUGGUCAUGUGCAACAUGCUAAUAGAUUGUCUCUCAAAAAUGGGGAGCUAUGAUGAUGCAAUUAUCAUUUUCUGUAGUUUAGGUGAACGUGGACUGACCCCUGAUUCUUAUACACUUGCCUCAAUCAUGUCAACUUUGUGUUUAUGCAAGGAGUUCACCCUCUUGCCUGUACUAAUCAGUGGAUUAGAGAUAAUACCCGAUUUAGUUGUGUGUAACUCAUUUCUGAGUUUCUAUUGCAAAGCUGGUUAUCCUCGUGGCGCUGUUGAGUUUUAUAAUGACAUGAUGCAUAGAGGUUUCCUACCCGAUAACUAUACAUUUGCUGGAUUAUUGAGUGGGUUAUGCAGGGUAGGCAAAAUUACUCAGGCAGUUGAUGUGUUGAUGAAGAACAUUUUGAGAAAAAGGUGCCAUUCAAGCUUAGUCCCCAAGUUACUAUGGGAGUUGUGGGAUUCUGGGUGUGUUCCUAAGGAUACACCGGCACCCGUGUUUGAUAAAGAUGUUUAUGAUUGGAAUGCUAAGGAUUUGCAUUUUGAUUACCCCUCGCUUGUUCGUGACGACACAUCCAGCUCUGAAGACAUUCAUGAUGUAGCUGCUUCGGUUGGUUGAUCGUGGAUGAUUCUCUGUCGCAAAGCUUCAACUGAUUCCCGCCCUGAAGUUUGUUUUGAAUUCUCUAUGAGAAUGAAAAGCACCUCGGUCAGAGAACAUUCUCCCUUUUUCCAAAAACCAAAAUCAUGUCGCAUCGCGGUACACCUAUGUAAUUGUGGUAAGGUACACUACUACAACAUUGACAUUAUACAUCGCCCAUUACACAACGGUUAUCUAAAAAAUGCUGUCUAAACCCUCCCCUAAAAAAGCAUGUGCUUCUCUUUUGUGAAAUACGCGCAGUAAUUUUUUUUUCCUUUCACACAUCGUAUUUUUCAGAUUGCGCUGUGUAAUCUGGAGCAUUAUUACUAUCUCUUUUUAGCGGAGAAAACCUAAACCACCAGUAUAUUCUCUCGUUGUUCUCUGUUUUCUCCCAAUUAGAAAUUAAGCAGAGAAAACCUAAAUUGCCGUCUCCAAUUUUGAUCUCGCCACCCAUGGGAAUACUCUGAUGGUGCUAGGGUAGAUGAUGGCAACCUUGAAGCAAGAACUUCCCACUCCCUUGAGCCUUGAGGUAUGUUUUCUUUCCCAAAUCUUUUAAUUUCUUAUAUGUUUUGAUUUUUUUCACUAUAGGUAUGUGAUGUGAACUAUUUUUAUUUUAUUGAUUCAUGUUGGAAGAGAACGUCAAUGGGACUAUUAUCGAAGAGAAAGUUGAAGAUGUCUGCAAGUUGUUUGAUGAAAUGCCAUAAAAAAGCCAGUUUUGUAAAACUCUUCAGUUCAAGAAGAAUAGGGAUGCUGACUCUAAAAUGAAGCUCUUCAAGUCGAGAAAACCCAUCCCAACAGAGCAGUAUCCUUAAUGAAGACGUGCUUCCUGUUGAAGAGGUAUGGGGUUUUUGCUUGAUUGGCUAUUUUAUUGGAAAGUAGCCAGGGUUUAAGACAAAAACUGAUUUAUGGAUGGCAUGUUCCCUAUGAGGUCAUCCCUCAACACAAAGGAUGAAUCUUUCUUAAAUUUGAAAAUAAAUAAGAUAGGAUCAAGGUUGAUUCCAAUUGUCCCUAUAAGAUCAACAACCAAAGAUAGGAUCAAGCUGAACAUUGACUCUAACGUUUUCACUAGAAUACACAAAAUGCUCAGGGUUUUGGAAGAUGAAAAAGGCCACUUUUAAUAAGGAAUGAAAACAGUCUCUAGGAAUGCAUCAUAUUGUGGUGCCCCCAAUUUUCAGUCUUGUUCAACUUUUUCUGUUAUUAUAUCUUUAAGUGCUUAGAUUUUCUAUGUCGCUGGUUAUUGCAUAUUUUAUUAACUAAUUAUUUUCAUUUAGAGAAACUGAGCGCAAAGUUAUGAUCCUGAUUUGCUGGAAAGAAUAUAGUUGACCAUCAUCAAAAACCUGAUCAAGUAUCACCCAGUGUGUUUACCUAAUUCAUUUCCUUAUCCUUUGAAUCCUAAAGCUAAAAAGAACAGGACUGGAUUGCAUCAUUAGUAUCUUUCUCUGCACUUCGUAUUUCCCAUGAUUGUUAGAUUCUCUCCUUGAUAAUUGCUAGCUUAUUGUGCCAUCAGGUGUCUAGGGAGUGGCUUGCGAUGGGUGAAGCAUUGGGAAUAUAAGUACCAGGAGGAACUUAAAUAUGUUGUGAUUAAAAUAUACUCUGUAGGAUUUUUAAGGCAGGAUGGAUGCAUCGUUAUUUUUUAUGUUGUGCGACUAUAACCGGAGCUUUCAAGCACCAUCAAGUGAUCAACAAGGAUUGAUGGUACGUGUUUUCAAACACACUUUUACAAGAAAUAAAGAGGUUAGAUUCUUUUUUAAGUUUCAGGUUAGAUUCUUUUUUAAGCUUCAGGUUGUGAUAUGUUAUUCUAUUUGCUUAUUUGUAUUUCUCUCUAUGUUUUUUGCUUGAACUGUCGAUGAUGAUAUUGUCUGGAAAAAGCCAACUUGUAAGGGUUCUGUAGCGUAUACUUUUCUUGUAUGAAGUGAAUUGUAGCCCACAGCAGAUCGAACACUUCCCAUUCUUCCAAUUUGAGUUGUACCUAGAAUUAGUUUUAAUUU